CUCUCUCUGAAUUCCUAGUUGUGAUUGCAUGAUAUGGCUGAGACCGGCCUCAUCUUCAUCACCUCUCUUAUCGAGGAGGCACUUUCCAAAACAACUUCAUUUGCUGCUAGACCUGUGUUUUCGCCUGCUUUGCAGGAGUUGUUUGCGAAUCUUGCUCAGUUGCUGACUCCAAUUCAAGCUGUCGCCGUAGGCGCGGAGGAAAUGCAAGAAAGUGAUCCAGCCCUGAGGCUUUGGCUGCAGAAGCUCAACGACGCAGUUUAUGAUGCGGUGGAUUUAUUGGAUGAGUGUGGUUAUCAUGUUCUUCUUAUGGAAGUUGAGACUCCAAGCCUCAAGAGGAAGCGAGAUCAGGUGCACACUUCCUUUUCUCCCUCCAAUGUUGAUUCCUUUAGUAUGGAGAUGGCUGAAAAAUUUAAGAUGAUUAAUGAAUCUUUAGCUGAAAUUAGAAAGGAGGUAGACUUUAUUAAUCUGAUUAUCCAAUUUCGAAAGCAAAAACUUGCAACUGCUAGGCCAUGUUCUGAGAUGGUGUACCUUCUUGAUAGUUCAGAAGUUGUUGGAAGGGAAGAUGAUGUCUCAAAAAUUGUCAACUUGUUGAAUGAGCAAAGGAGUCAAUGUCCGAUCUCUGGAAUUUCAAUAGUUGGGGUGGCAGGUGUUGGAAAGACAACAGUUGCAAGAUUAGUUUAUAUGAAGGCAGAGGAAGAAAAGCUCUAUGAUGUAGUAGCUUGGGUGUGUGUAUCCGAGGAUUUUAAUGGUCAGAGAAUUUUGGGUGAGAUGUUAGAAUAUUUUGAGACUAGUAUUGUCAAUCCAAAUACAAUUGACGCACUGCUUCAAGAUCUAGCCAAAGAAUUGGAAGACAGAACUUUUCUUCUCGUUCUUGAUGAUGUGCGGGACAAAGAUCUCAACAACUGGAUUGUUUUCUGCUCUAGUUUGUCUAAAAUUGUGAAAACUAGUGGGAACUCUAUUGUCCUAACAACUCGCAGUGAACAUGCAGCAUCUGUCACAGAGAAGCUUCCUAUGUGUAGGUAUGGUUUGCAAAGGCUGUCAGAUGAUGAGUGUUGGAUGAUAAUUAAGAAGGUAGUUCUCAGUUCAUUUGCAAAAAAAUUGAUACCUUCAGAUCCUAUUGGGCUUUCUAUUGCAAAACAAUGUGGUGGCUUGCCUUUGAUUGCAACGGCCAUAGGAGGAACAUUGAGCAGUCAUAUUGAGGCAGAUGAAUGGUUGGCUAUAACAAAAAAUGAAGAAUGGAAGUUAGAAUAUAGAAAUGAAGUUCUAUCUGCCUUAAAAAGGAGCUUCUUCAAUUGUCUGCCUUCACAUUUGAAAAAAUGCUUUUCUUAUUGUUCAAUUUUUCCAAAAUGUUCUGAAAUUAGAAAGGAUGAUUUAAUUCAACUAUGGAUGGCUGGAGGAUUAAUUCAUCAACAGUCUAAUGAAAGUCAGAUGCCAAUGCCAAUGGAGAGUAUUGGACACUUGUACUUUAACGAGUUGUUAUCCAAUUCCUUAUUCCAAGAGGUGAAAAGGGACACAUUUGGGAAUAUUGAAUCUUGCAAAAUGCAUGAUCUAGUGCAUGACCUUGCUCUGUUUGUUUCAAAAGGUGAAACUUUUAUAUGGGAGAUUGGUUCCAAAAUCAAUUCUAAUUUUCGAAAUUUGAGAGUCCAGAAUGAUGGGGAAGUGCUUCCAGCCAUUCCAAGAGGUGUUCAUUCUUUGUUUUUGGAGGGAGAUGUUUGUAUUAGUAUGGAGUCAGAUCUCAAAAGCUUGCGAUCUUUAAAAAUAGUGGGAGCUAAAACGGAAGUAUUGCCAGCUUCUCUGGAGAACUUGCAACAAUUGAAAUACCUUGAAAUCUCAGGAAGCAAAAUAACAGCACUACCAGCAUCUUUCUCCAAGCUCUACAUGUUGCAGACUUUAAAAGUUAUACGAUGCAAUCAUCUUCAAAAGCUUCCUGACGAUACAAGCAAACUAGAUAGCUUGAGACAUCUUUAUUUUGAUAAUGAGAGGCUUAUGCCGAAGGGGAUUGGACACUUAACUUCCCUUAUAACCUUACCACUAUUUUUUGUGGGAAAAGAAAAGGGAUUCAGGAUUGAAGAACUUGGAUGCUUAAACCAACUUAGAGGGAAACUGAAGAUUGUGAAUCUUAAUUGUGUAAGAUCCAAAUCAGAAGCCACUAGAGCGAGGCUAAGUGAAAAGACAGAAUUAGAUGACAUUCCAGAAGCUUGCCUAGGUAGCCUCACCUCCAUGAAAGAGUUAGGGAUGGGUCCUUUCUGCAGUGCUUUGGAGGAAUUUCCAGGACUCACCUCCAUUGAUCGCCUCCAUGCCUCCCUUGAAGUUUUAAAAUUGUAUGGAUGGCCGAAACUAAAGUCUCUUCCAUAUCAGCUUCAAUAUCUCACUUCCCUGAAGAAAUUACAUAUACAAAAAUUUGGAGUAGAAGCUUUUCCAAAGUGGUUUGGAGAUCUCUCUUCUCUAGCUUCUUUAAGGAUUAACCAGUGCUUUGAAUUGAAGAGCAUUCCAGAGAAGAGCAUAGGAACUUGUGCUCAAAUGGAUUGAUCACAAUGCAGAUAUCUCUCGGCAUAUCUGAAUCUCGGUGUCUCACAAUGUUACAGUUUGUGUAAGUAUAGAUGUAUCUCUCAUGAAAAUAAACUGUGAAGAUGUUG